CACCACUAGAUAAACUGUAUUCACGAUGUUAUUCUAUUUUGGAACGUGGAGACGGAAGUUCUUGUGAACCAAGUUGUCUUUAUCAUCCGAAUUUCUUGGAACGUAAUUAUGAUCCGAAAACUCGUCGCGCUCAUUUUGACAAUUAUAAUAUAAAUAGACGUAAUAACAAAUUUGAGAGGCGUUAUAAUUUGAAUGAACGUAAUUUUGGAUUUGACGAAUACGGUUUUGAAAGACGAAGCGCGGAAUUUGAAGAUGAAGAACCAUUCUAA